AUGGCCAAACACCAUCCGGAUUUAAUCUUUUGUCGUAAACAGCCAGGUGUUGCGAUUGGCAGGUUAUGUGACAAGUGUGAUGGUCGCUGUGUAAUUUGUGAUUCUUAUGUUAGACCAGCCACGCUUGUUCGAAUUUGUGAUGAAUGCAAUUAUGGAAGUUACCAGGGGCGUUGUGUUAUUUGUGGUGGUCCUGGAACUAGUGAUGCUUAUUAUUGCAAAGAAUGCACAAUUAUGGAAAAGGAUAGAGAUGGAUGUCCGAAGAUUGUCAAUUUAGGGAGUGCUAAAACGGAUUUGUUCUAUGAACGGAAAAAAUAUGGCUUUAAGAAAACUUGA